AUGUCUCUCAAUGUUCUACUAUCUCAUGCUGCAUACAGAAAUUCAGAAAUAAAGAUACAUGCCUACUCCGUACUGCACGGUACAUCGCCUCCACCCUCACGCGGGUGCGCUAUUCCUUCUGCGUCGGCCUCCAUGCCUGCCAAGCGUGCCCUCGAUAUCAGCAUCACCAAGCAAGUCCGAGAAGAAAGCACACCCCUACACACCAUGUCGUUCCCACCCAUCCGCAUUCCGCCAGGAAACAACAAACGUCUGGACGCCUCACCCAUCCCAAGUCCCAGUGUCCCACAGGGACCCCGGCUACAGGUCGAUUUCGCGCUUUCUGGAUUGGCCCAGCUUCAGCCCUCUCCGUCAACGGAAGCCAGUCAUGGCCAAAUAAAGUAG